UUAGUCAGUGCCAUUUUCAAGAAAAUAAACAAAAAAACACAAAAGGCACAAAUUCAAAAGAUAGAGAGAGAGAGAGAAAGUAGACAAAGAGAGUGGAAAAGGGUAUUCUGAUUUCUCAAGAAACAGAAGAAGACAGACAGAGAGAGAAAGAGAAGAGAAAGGAAAGUAAUGGAAAUGUCUGGGCAUUGUAGGGGAAGAUAGGGGGCAAAGCUUCAGCAUUUGGUCUCUCAGAAUCCUAACAGAACCCCUCUCUCAUCUCCCCGUAAUUUCCUUCUUCCGGUCGCCGGCGUCUGUUUUUCUCGCCGGAAUUCGUUGACUUUACUCAUCAGCUCCUUUUUUUUUUUGUUGCUUUUCCCGGAGUUGAUCUGAGUUCAACCCCUCAUCUUCCCUUGAUUGGGUCUUCGUAGUUUCCAACUGAGAGCUCAAAAAAGCAAUUGCAAAGCUGAUUUCCCAUUACCCACUUUAAGAAAAAAGUCGAAAUGAAUCUCAGGUGAAAGUUUCCGGUCAAUUUUCCCGAGAAAAUUGCCAGGUGUAAAUUAAAUGAAGAUGCCAGCUAACGGAGCCGGUCCUGUUUCUGCCACUGCCGCACCUAAUCCGGCUGAAGCAGUAGGAGGAGAGAAGAAGAGCAUAAACCCGGAGCUAUGGCAAGCGUGCGCAGGGCCGCUGGUUAACUUGCCGGCUGCUGGGACCCACGUCGUCUACUUCCCUCAGGGCCACAGUGAACAGGUUGCUGCAUCUAUGAAGAAGGAUGUAGAUGCUCAAAUCCCAAACUACCCAAAUCUUCCGUCUAAGCUUCUCUGUUUGCUUCAUAAUGUCACCUUGCAUGCAGACCUGGAGACGGAUGAGGUGUAUGCUCAAAUGACUCUUCAGCCUGUUCCUUCUUUUGACAAGGAUGCUUUAUUGAGAUCAGAUCUUUCACUCAGAACAAAUAAGCCACAAACAGAGUUUUUCUGCAAGACAUUAACUGCUAGUGAUACGAGCACUCAUGGAGGUUUUUCUGUGCCACGUCGGGCAGCUGAAAAGAUCUUCCCUUCUCUUGAUUUCUCUAUGACCCCACCUGCUCAAGAACUUGUAGCGAGGGAUUUGCAUGAUAAUGUGUGGACAUUCCGGCACAUAUAUCGCGGACAACCAAAACGCCACCUGCUUACAACCGGUUGGAGUUUAUUUGUUAGUGGAAAGCGACUUUUUGCGGGUGAUUCAGUAUUAUUUAUUAGGUUAAAAAGUUUUGGUGAGAAUGCAUUUGACUUUUGUUUUUUAUUUGUAGAUGAUGAAUCCUCAGACUUAGAGAAUGUAUUCAAGAGGAGUAUGCCCUGGGAUGAUCUCUGCGUGAGGGAUACCCAAGCUCUGCCUGGCCUGAGCUUGGUACAAUGGAUGAACAUGCAGCAAAACACUUCGCUGGCUAACUCAGUGCAGCAAAACUACAUAAAUUCCUUGUCUGGAUCUGUUCUACAGAACCUUGGUGGAACAGAUCUUUCCCGCCAAUUGAAUUUUUCCACGCCUCAAAUCCCUCAGGCGAGCAAUUUGCAGUUCAAUGCCCAGAGGUUGCCUCAGCAAGCGCAACACUUGGAUCAGCUGCCCAAGCUACCAUCUACAAUGUUACCACUAGGCUCUGUUAUGCAGCCACAACAGCAGUUAAGUGAUAUUACGCAGCAAGCAAGGCAAAAUAUAAUUACUCAAACUCUACCCUCAAGUCAAGUUCAAGCUCAAAUCCUGCAACCUCAAACUUUGGUCCAGGGUAAUAAUAUUCUUCAGCAGCAACUAUCUAGCCACCAGCUUUCUCGAAACCUUCCCCAGAACAUGCAGCCACAGCAGCAGCCGCAACAGCAACAGCAACUGCAACAGCAACAGCAACAGCAACAACAGAAUAUGGUGGCCCUUAAUCAGCAACAGAACUUGACACAACCCCAGCUGAGUGAUCAAGUAAACCAGCAUUUACAAAUGUCUGACAGUCAGAUUCAACUUCAGCUGCUGCAGAAGCUUCAGCAGCAGCAGCAAGCAAUUUUAGCCCAGCAAUCGACAUUGCAACAGCCCGCUCAACUUCCCCAACUUCAGGAUCCGCAGAGGCAGCUAUUGGAUGCAUCCCAAAGCUACCCUAGGUCCGUGGUACCCAGCCAAAUGAUGGAAAUACCUAAUGCAGCAACCACCUCACUUCCUCAGUCGAAUGUUAUUCCAAACCAGAUGACAAAGAGUAAUAGCCAAACAAAUAUUCGGUUCUCCCAAACUCCACAGCAGCUGAAGCUUCAGCAACAACAAUCUUCUGGAUUUUCUGAAUUGCCUGGAAAUGUGGGACUUUGCUCAACGGUAACAACCAAUCAGCUCUCCAUGAAUGGCAGCAGUAUGAUGACAGGAGCUGCAGGAGCUGGGCAGUCUGUGAUCACUGAUGAUGUUCCGUCUUGUUCUACUUCUCCUUCCACAAACAACUGUCCGAAUGUCCAGACUCUGGUAAGCAAUCGUGCCAGCAAAAACACAACACUGGGGGAGGACAUGGCCCAGUCCUCAGCCAUGCUAUUGAAUCCUAAUGCCUUGGAAACUGUUUCAUCCAAUGUGAAUAUGGUUAAAGACUUGCCACAGAAGUCUGAUGUUAAGCCUUCACUGAACAUCUCCAAGAGUCAAAGCCAAGGAUUUUUAGCUCCGCAAACAUAUCUUAAUGGCAAUGCUCCACAUAUGGAUUAUUUGGACACGUCAUCUUCAACUUCGGUUUGCCUCUCUCAGAAUGACAUCCAUCUACAGACUAAUAAUAAUUCGCUUACUUACAACCCGCAAUCAAUGUUGAUGAGGGACCCUAAUCAAGAUGGAGAAGUUCAAGCAGAUUUAAGGAACAACAUUCCAUAUGGAAGUAAUGUUGAUGGUCAACUGGCAGUGCCCAUGAAUCAUGAUUCUUUAUUGACAAAGGGCAUAGGAGGAUUGGCAAAGGAUUUCUCAAACACUCUUUCAUCAGGAGGCAUGCUUGCCAACUAUGAAAGCUCUAAGGAUGCUCAGCAGGAGCUUUCCUCAUCAAUUGUUUCUCAGUCGUUUGGAGUUCCAGAUAUGACAUUUAAUUCAAUUGACUCCACCAUAAAUGAUGCCAGUUUCUUGAACCGGAGCACAUGGGCUCCCCCACCACAAUUUCAGAGAAUGCGGACAUAUACCAAGGUGUAUAAGCGAGGAGCUGUUGGGAGAUCAAUUGAUAUUACCCGUUAUUCAGGCUAUGAUGAGCUUAAGCAGGAUCUAGCUCGAAGGUUUGGUAUCGAGGGGCAAUUGGAAGACCGAGGAAGAAUUGGUUGGAAGCUUGUAUAUGUAGAUCAUGAGAAUGAUGUUCUGCUCGUAGGAGAUGACCCUUGGGAGGAGUUCGUAAAUUGUGUACGUUGCAUCAAGAUCUUGUCGCCGCAAGAAGUGCAGCAGAUGAGCUUGGAUGGAGAUUUUGGGAACUCAGUCCUUCAAAAUCAAGCUUGUAGCAGCUCGGACAACGGGAAUGCUUAAACUAAGUCUUACCUUAGUUAUUUGUCAGAUUUUUAUGUUCAUACCUUUCUUCUACGAAAUACAGAUUCACACGAACCGGAUAUCAUCUCCAAUUUUGCAGCCCGCAUAAAGCGUAAGCAACUAAAGAAACAAGCUCCUUUAGCAGUUAGACACCGAUUCCUUAAAAUGUCUUCAUCAAAUGCUGUAAUGUAGAACAGAGAGGCUGUAGGCAGAAGGAAUUCUAACUUCAUUACCAGGCAAAAAAUUACAGCAGUAGUUGGUCUGAUAUACUUGAAGAAAAAAAGCAGGCAUGGCUGCCAUUGGAGAUAUUCCAGUUAGGAAAUCUGGCCUUUUAAACUAGUUGGUAACAUGGUAAAAAAUUGCUCUGCCGCCGUGAGGUCAAAUGUCAACUCCUCCUUUUCAAGUGUUUAGUAUUUGAAAAUUUACUCCCACUUAGGUUUUGUUGUAGAAAGCAAUAGCAAGAAAUUUGUAUGGUUUAGUUUUUUGUUUUUGUUUUUUUGUAUUUGUAAAAAGAAUGUAGAUUUUUCAAUGUUUAAAUGAGAUUUUUCUGAUCUGAAUUACAGAGAGUUUUGGUUGA